UUGGAAAUCUGAAUUUCAUUUUUCCUUGUUCAACUCGAUUUUUGGUUCCAAAGAGAGGAAGUAGAGAAGAGGAAAUGGCAGAAGAGGGACAAGUGAUCGGUUGUCACACCGUUGAAGCUUGGAACGAACAACUUCAAAAGGGAAACGAAUCCAAGAAACUGGUGGUGGUGGAUUUCACUGCUUCAUGGUGUGGACCUUGCCGAUUUAUUGCACCUGUCUUGGCUGAGAUGGCCAAGAAGCUGCCUCACAUCAUUUUCCUCAAGGUUGAUGUGGACGAACUUAAGUCUGUUGCAACAGAUUGGGCAGUGGAGGCUAUGCCAACCUUCAUGUUCCUGAAAGAAGGGAAGAUAGUUGACAAGAUUGUGGGUGCAAAGAAAGAUGAGCUGCAGCAGAAACUUGUAUUGCAUGCUGCUGCAUAAAAUGUUAAUUUCCUAGCUUUUGGGGUGAGGAGUUUAUAAAAUCGCAUUAGAGAUUAUAAACUUGGCUUUUAUGACUGAAGUAGAAAUGGAUAUCGUAUGCUUCAUA